UUAACUAAAUGUAUUAAUACUUCUAUACUUACAGUCAGUUUAAGUUUACCUUCCAUUCAAUGCACCUUUAUUCAUACAUUCUUUCUAUUCAGGGUUAAAAGUAACCUGAUACUGUACUUGUUCUCACAUGCUUGACCGUUUACAUAGUGACAAUGUUUACUAUGAUAACAUAACUGUGCCGCGAAGAGCUUUAAGGAUCAUUGUUUGGCAAAUAUUUUAUUUAAGGUGUGAUUUUCUGAGUCAAGUUAGAAGUUUUAAAUGUUGUGUUAUUGUACAAAAUAUAUAAAGUGUGUGUCUUUAUAAUAAUAAUGUUUCUUUAUUGAUGCAUAUUUUUUCUGAAUUUUAAGUGUCAAAAAGUGACUUUGUUGAAAUUGUUCAAAAGGUACAAAAUGGCAGCAAGUGCUCAGUCUUCAGUUGAUCAGGGUUCUAAUGAAGUGAAGGACUAUAUUUGUAAUGCCUGUGAAGACCAGAAUAAUGCUGAGACAAGUGCUGAUUUCUAUUGUAAACAGUGUGAUCGGUUUUAUUGUGGAAACUGUAUUGAUUUACAUGGUAAAUUGUUGGCUAAACAUACAGCAUUUGGAAGAGUAGAUAUAGAUAAGUGGCCAGUUUCCAAAAAAGUGGUGGAUUUUCUACUAAAUUGUUAUGAACACAAAGACAAUAAAGUUGACAAGUUCUGCACCACCCACAGUCAGCUGUGCUGCCCUCAGUGUGUAUCCGAUUAUCACAGCCAGUGCAGUCAAGUGACCCCGAUUUCGGGGCUGACCAACACGCAGCCCACAGACCUACAGGGCCUGCUAGUGGAGCUGGAAACUGUGCUGGGAGAAAUCAAACGCCUACAGAUCAGUCAUGAGCUCAGUGUUCAGUCAUUGCAGAGAACAUACAAAGAACAUACAGAAUUCAUUGAAAAACAAAUGCUUGCUAAUAUAAAUACAACCACUAAUAUAAAAACUACCAUAGAUGAAUGUGGUAAUAGUUGUGUGAGUACAUCAGGCAAAAAUGAGCAAUAUUUAAAAGAAGAAAUGUGUAGGAGUGUUCUUUCUAUCUUGAAUGAAUUUGAUAAUAUUACUGUGAAGGAACUAAAUGAGAUGAAAGAUGAAGUUAUAAGCAUAAAAGGGUCAGUUACAAGUUCUAUUAAAAAAUGCACCGGUUUUCAAAAAGACUUGUCACAAUUCCAUGAAUUUGUUCAGAAAAUUGGAGAUAAUAAGGACCUCUGCCUUAUAGCCAGCGUAAAAUGUAAGCAUAUACUGCAGCAGGCAUUGAAUUUGCUGGGAAAAUCAGGCAAGGCGUUUAAUGUCCUGGGGUAUUCUGAACACAAUGUGAAAAUACCAAGUGAUUCAGGCAGUUGUUUGAUCACUGGCUGUUGUGUUCUCCCAAAUGGACAGGUUCUGGUUGCAGACAGUGAAAAUUAUAAAGUCAAGCUGCUGAACCAGCAGUACCAGGUGGUGAGUCACUGUGAUUUGGCGGACUAUCCACAGUGCAUGUGUCUGCUCACACCCAGUAAGGUUGCAGUGGCUGUGAAUAUAAAUGCUUGUAACACACAUGAGGUCCAGUUUAUCACAGUCACCCACAGCCAGCUUGAUCCUGGCAGGAAGCUUGCGUUACAACACCAAUGUUUAGGUAUCUCCCACCACCAGGGUGAGCUGUUUAUCAGCUCUGCUACUGCACUGUUCAAGUACUCAUUGAGUGGCAAACUGGUCUGCAGACUCUAUGAGGACAGAUCAGAUGUAUGUACAGUAGGGAGGUGUGCUGUGAGUCCCACAGGGGACAAGCUGUACAUUACCAGCCACUCCCAGCGCAAGCUCCUAACCCUGGCCAUGGAUGGAACGCUCCUGGCUACAUUUAAAGACCAUAAACUACGAUGGCCAUGUAGUCUACAUGUGACCCCUGUAGGCCAGGUGCUGGUCUGUGGAGGCCUGUCCAGCACUAUACUACAGGUGGACUGGGAGGGGAGGAGAAAGCUGGCCACUCUGGCUACGGGGAGGGACGGAAUGUGGACCCCAAGGUCAGUCUGCUACAGCAGCACCUCAUCCUCCAUUAUUGUGGGCACUCAGGGGCUUAUUGGCGACAUCAUGGUGUUCAGAGUGGAAUAAUGUGAGAGCACCAGCAUUGAUAUCGAGUUUGCCCAGCAAGAGCACCAGUCCGGCCUGCAAGGAGCACCAGUCCAGGAUGACCUUUCUCCUCCCCUGACCCUUAACCCCCAUCCCUUGACCUCCGGCCUAAAAGGGUCAGCAUCAUUGAGCAGUUCCGUUCUGCAGGAAAUUCUGAGCACGAAGUGUUUUCACGCGCUUUUCUCAACAACCGCAAUGUACGCGUCGAGUUUUUCACACUUGAGCCUGAGAAGGUUUGUUAAGCUCAAUGCCAGAGUUAGAUGAGUGUUAUAGAUACCAGGAGGUAAAGCAGUAGCUAUGGUAACGCUAACAGUCAGUUCUUGCUGUUGAACAUUACAACGAAUAUCACGAAGAAUAAAAUAUUUAAUAAUUUGUUCCAUUCAUUAUUGGACAAACAUAAAUUCAGCAAGGAACAGGAGAAAGUCAAGGAACAAUCAAAGUGCUUUGUUUCUACUGUCCAAAGUUUGGACAGUAACAGCGUUAUGGACUGUCCCGAUUUGUCCUCUCAGACGUCCAAACUGACCAAAGAGAACAAUCUUUUGACGCUUUUGCUGACAAAGAAAGGCAGUAAUACCUUGGUUGUAAACAGCCAGAGCACGAUACAUCCAUGGGGUGUGCCUCAGACGUGAAUUCCGCCAAAUAUUGGACACAAGGUGCUAAAAGUGAACACUUCUGGUUUUGUUAUGAGCACUUAGCACUCUAAGCCAGAAGGGCCUUGCAUUGAAUUUGCGAAAGAGAAAGCUUUGAAAAAUGACAGCAGUUUUGCUGUAUGGUCCAGUAAGCCCUUCAACUCUCAACCCGACAUUUAUCAGAACUCAAACAAGGCCCUUAGCAUAUCAGCGAGGCUAGCAUGUCAUCUCAGCUUCUUGAGCUUCACCAAACAUUAGAAGCCAAUACGCAACAAGAAAAACGUUGUUGAAGCAAAUGUUGAUGGCAAUUGCGACCCCCCUCUCGCACAAUUACUACAACUUGCUCAAGAAAUUCAGCACGAAGACGUCUUGCCUAUGAAAACUGGCUCACAAGGCGGCUUCAUCACCACUUCCACUUGGUGAGUUCGACUUUGGUCCCGGUGUCGAUUUCGCAUAGCAAGAAUUUGAUGCUGUGAAUCGGCAAAUUGUUCCUGACAAGUCGCUCAAAUAGAAACCAUCAGAUAGACUAGGUGUUGCGUGAAUUGUCCCUUAAUGAUUGACCUCAAUAUGUUGCUUUCAAAUAAUGUAAACCUUAGGUGUGAAGAGCAGUAUGCGAUUGACACCAUUCAACAACAAUUAUUGUCCGGAAUUCCCGGUUUUGGAGUGGCGGAAUUGGAACUCGCUCCAUUUCUGUUUAUGAUUCGGUCGGAGCAGCAGCAGCAGCAACACGAACAACAAGUAGUAUUUGAGUGGUGCUCUGGGAUAUCGGUUUUAAUGUUUGUGCUUAAAGUGUCAUCCCAGAUUAGCCUGUGCAGACUGCACAAACAGUAAGUCCUAUUAAAGUGUCAUCCCAGAUAGGCCUGUGCAGACUGCACAUACAGUAAGUCCUAUUUAAGUGUCAUCCCAGAUUAGCCUGUGCAGACUGCACAUACAGUAAGUCCUAAUAAAGUGUCAACCCAGAUUAGCCUGUGCAGACUGCACAUACAGUCAGUCCUAUUAAAGUGUCAUCCCAGAUUAGCCUGUGCAGACUGCACAUACAGUAAGUCCUAUUUAAGUGUCAUCCCAGAUUAGCCUGUGCAGACUGCACAUACAGUAAGUCCUAUUAAAGUGUCAUCCCAGAUUAGCCUGUGCAGACUGCACAUACAGUAAGUCCUUUUUAAGUGUCAUCCCAGAUUAGCCUGUGCAGACUGCACAUACAGUAAGUCCUAUUUAAGUGUCAUCCCAGAUUAGCCUGUGCAGACUGCACAUACAGUAAGUCCUAAUAAAGUGUCAACCCAGAUUAGCCUGUGCAGACUGCACAUACAGUCAGUCCUAUUAAAGUGUCAUCCCAGAUUAGCCUGUGCAGAUUGCACAUACAGUAAGUCCUAUUAAAGUGUCAUCCCAGAUUAGCCUGUGCAGACUGCACAUACAGUAAGGACUAUUAAAGUGUCAUCCCAGAUUAGCCUGUGCAGACUGCACAUACAGUAAGUCCUAUUAAAGUGUCAUCCCAGAUUAGUCUGUGCAGACUGCACAUACAGUAAGUCCUAUUAUUAAAAGUGCAGUGUUAUGCCGUGAAUCUUUACUGUUGGCGACAGGGACCCUUUAGGGUUAAAAAAGUGGGGACAAAAAGGAAAAAAUCUGGGGACACAGACAUAUAUAUUUGUAGCAGAAUUAAAUGUUCAGAAACUAAUUACCUUUUACUUGCACUCUUAAAUUUGCUUGAUUUCUUCUUACAGCCAGUCCACAGGAUGUAACAUGCUAAUUCAAACUUGAACAUUUUAAAAACUUUUUAAAACUGUCAACAAUUGUCAACAUAUUUACAAAACCUUGAACAUAUUUAUGGUCAUUGGAAUCAGCAUUGCGUGUCAAAGUACUUGUUCGAUAAAUAGAAUUACUGAUUGUAAAGGCGUUUUAUUUCUUGUGCUUUUGGCACAAACUGCAUGUCAUUUUGUUGUUGUCAAAGUUUCAAACAGUGACCAGGACAAUUUUCGAAGCCAAUUUGCUUGGAAUGUACGUUUAGGGGCAGACUUUUUUCAUGGCUAAACGAUGUUGGGACAUGGGAAGACUCUUUUGUUUUCUUUGUCUGGUCACUUUCCGCCAUUUUGAUAGGUGUGGAAAUUUCCUUGAUAUCUGAUUGGUUGUUAUAAUCUCAACUUACCAAUGCAAUAAGUGUAAAGUAAAGUAACCAUUGGCUGCAAAAUGACGUCACAUCCAAUGAAAUAUUCGUUAUAGUUACACAUUCACUCGAUUACUUUACCGUAUAACAAAUUGAAUGGAUUAGUUUGUAUUCCUAAUUCCUGUGCGCCCGCGGACCCAUAUACAGAAAACGGGUGGGGACAAAUCUUUUAUUUCUGCGCCAAUGACGCAAGGGCGCAUCCACGGCAGAACACUGAAAGUGUCAUCCUAGAUUAGCCUGUGCAGACUGCACAUACAGUAAGUCCUAUUGAAGUGUCAUCCCAGAUUAGCCUGUGCAGACUUCACAUACAGUAAGUCCUGUUUUCGCAGAAUGAGGUCAUAUAAUUCACUAAAAUCAGUCCUUUUUCUGCCUGAUUGAGUUCCUUGCAUACAAUUGGAAUUCUGGGUUUUUUAAUUUAUAGGAGGUUUUGGGGAUUCCGAUAAUGACGUCACCUUUGCGCAUGCUCAAAUUUUGGCCGUCAAAACUGCGGCCAUUCUGCUAUUGUUUGCAUGUGAUGAACCACAUCGUGAUAAGGUUACAAUCAUAUUCGCGACCCUUUUGAAGAACAAAACAUACUCAGAACUUGAAAUUCGUUCAGAUUAAAUUAAAUCCAAUGAACGAACACAAAUAAGUUCGAAAACAAACAACAAAUUAAUUUAAUUUUUGUAAUCAAAUAUAGAAACUGAUUUGAACCUAUUUGUUUGUAAAAACUUACCUUGUUGCAGAUUAACUAAAUCCUCUUGAUAAAUGUAAAUGCUUUUAUUUAAUUGUUCACACCAGUUUUGACACUCUUUGUUUCAGCAUUUUUAACACAGUGUUUAAUUGCCCCUUUGUUUAUCACAAACCGAUUACCUCGAUAUGAUCGGAUACUGUCCAGACAUUUACUAAGAAAACAGUGUGUAAUAAACCCAGGGACCUAUACUUGUAUGACUCUGUAUGGGGUCUCUGCAUAAACCACAUGUGUCUAAACACAAUUUAUGAUACCUUCAUGUCAUCUCUGUUAGCUAGCAUAUUAAGUCAAAAACUAAACAGUUGCUUAAAUAAAAUAUUUGAACAUAUUUAAAAAAUAGACAUUUGUCCGAAAUGGAUUAACAGCUAGGAACUAUUAAGUUUAUACAUUAGCCAGUUUAAAAAUAACAAUAAAGUGUUUAAUAACUAUACAUUUAAAAUAUUUUACAAAUUUACUGCUACACAACGUAUUUAACGGGUACCUGCAAAUGUAAACUCUGCUAUAAUGUGUCACGGAGUGUAUAUUGACAGGAGAUGAAUCGAGUAUUUGACCCUUACUGUAGUAAAUUCAAUCUUAUGCAAAAACUAUUCAUCCGAUUUUAUUGGUUUAUACGUUAUCUUGUUGCUUAUUAAUUCCUCUUUCAAAAAAAUAUAACUUUUAGUAUAUUCCCGUUGUUAUUAAUGGAUUUAUAGCGAGUUAAACACAAGAAAUACACAUUUUAUGUUUUACCACCGCGCGUUUUAACGUGUUGUGGCUAUCGAUCUUUUACGAUUAGCGUACAGCGAAGUGCCGAGGUUAUACAUUUUGAUGUACCCACUCACGUCUUUUGUUAAAUUAUAGUUUCAUUUCUCGGCCGAUUUUGACAAAUUAUAUAUCAUUAGAAAGCUUACGUUACGUAGUAAACAGAUAUAUCAAUAUA